UUUAAUUCAGCAUUGAACAUAUAAAAUAUGUAACCAAAUAUUAAGACUUAUUUAGUACUACUUUAAUUUCGAUUACUUUUUUCUUGACCGUCUCUGUGUCAUUAUGCAGCAGCAUAAUCUUGUGUGCGUAAAUUUUUUGUUGACACUUGAACAUUAUUAUUUUUAAAGGCUGGGAAAUGUUCUUAUCUACAGCACAGCACAACAAAGUCCAGUUAGUUUUAAAUCUGCAACCAAAGGCAGCGGAUGUGGUUUUUAAAAAGGCGGAACGAAUUAACAUAUUCGAUACGCUACAGACCUAUCGAUAGCCACGAUAGCUUUCCAUUUCUUUAGAAUUGUGUUUUGUUCUAGAAAAUCUUCAAUUUGACCAGGGAAUUCUAUUGAAAACAGUUAAAACGUAGCCUACUUUCGCUUUAAAACAAAAAAUGAACCUAAAACAUUAAAAAAUGUCAGCCCUAAUAGUGGAAUAAUUUGUGGAUCCUGUAAAAAAAUUAAUUGAAACAAAGUAGGCGAGGAUCUAGGGAUUAGUUGGUUAAACAUAAAAUAAUAUGUUUUACGUAGUACUAAACUAAAAGGCCAAGCACUCAGAGCUUAAAAAACUAAACCAGGAACAGCAAUGAAACAAAAACAGCAACAUAUUAAAGAUGUAUCCACGGUUCGCAUCCUAAUGCUGGGUGAUAAAGGUGUGGGCAAAACCAGUCUGACCAAUUUGUUGGCCAGUAGUGCUAUAACGCCCACGCCCGCGUCCCGCACCGUGGGCGAGGGAUUGUGGAAUGUCCAGGUGCGUCUGCAUGAGUACUCCAUUUCGGUGUCCUUGCCACCCACGCCCACCUGGACAUCGUCCUCCUCCUCGGAACGCUCCGGAAAGCAUUCCCCGUACCCACGCAGAAUGCCCAACAGCGUCGCCAGUGGCGGCAUCCUGUACUUUGUGGAGUUCUAUGAUCUAAACAGCGAAAUGCGCAUGCGCCGCGAGCAUCGCGAUAGUUUCUAUAAGAACAUCGAUGGCAUUGUCCUCGUUUACAAUCUGCAGGACCUGCGCUCCCAAGACAGCCUGCACGAUUGGCUGUACGAGCCAUUGCGUCAGAUAUGCAAGUACCGCCACCGGCGAACACGACCCAUUUUGGGGCGCCAACAUGUCCCAAUCUUGGUGGUGGGCACCAGGUUGGAUAAGUUGAUCCGCCGACCCUUGCGUCGCGGUGGGAGCAUUGCCCACCAGCUGGAGGCGGACGAGAUCCUUCUAAACUGCCAGGAUUCCGAGAGUUUCGCAGACAGGAGCCGCAAUGAGGGCAAACUGCGCGACUUUCUCGAUCGCGUCGUCGAGUUCAAGGAGCAUUUUCCAAUCUCUAAAUCCCACGACACUUGAAAAGAUCUCAUCUUAUAUUUUCUAGUUCCUUGUUGAUUUUUAAUAAUAUUUAUGGAAAAAAUUUAGCCGGAGACUUUGGUUUUCUAGCAGAUGGUAAGGACACUGAAGGGGUUUCUAUUGCAUUUCAGUUAUGAAGGUAUAACUUUUGUCUGUUUGUUUCAAAUAAAGAAACUUAAACUUUUAUA